GUAAUGGCGGCCGGGUAGACCCACACAGCAGCAGUAGCGCGUCCGUCGUCAGCUGCACUCACCGCCAGUCCUCCGGGGGGGGGCAGCGAGCGUCACACGCGGCCUGAGACCGCCUUACCGAGCCCGGGCGGGGGUUGGAGACACGUGUCCCUUCACUUUAGACAAGUCCAACAUGGACGAGCACCCCGGCGGAGGCGCCGCUGGACCUCCGCCGCCCCACCAGCAGCAGUCGGGGGGCACGGCCGGCGCUCAUGCGGUGAGCGGUGGGGCGAUGCUGGGCUCGCAGCAGUCGGACGAGCUACCGCGGCCGCAGCAGCAGUACACCAUCCCCGGCAUCCUGCACUACAUCCAGCACGAGUGGGCCCGCUUCGAGAUGGAGAGGGCCCACUGGGAAGUGGAGCGGGCCGAACUUCAGGCAAGGAUAGCGUUCCUGCAAGGGGAGAGAAAAGGUCAGGAGAACCUGAAGAAUGACCUGGUCAGAAGAAUCAAGAUGUUGGAAUACGCUCUCAAGCAGGAGAGAGCCAAGUACCACAAGUUGAAGUACGGAACCGAGUUGAACCAAGGCGACGUAAAGAUGCCCAACUUUGAAGCAGACGACAAAGACUCUGAGGUGUCGGCGCUGCCCGCCAACAGCCAGCUGACCUGGAAACAGGGACGGCAGCUCCUGCGACAGUACCUGCAGGAGGUGGGCUACACGGACACCAUCUUGGAUGUGCGCACUCAGAGGGUCCGCUCCCUGCUCGGCCUCUCGGCAUCCGAGCACAACGGUUCUGUGGAGAACAAGAACCUGCAGCACCUCAUCAACGGGAUGGAACACCGCCAGGACGGCCAGAGGAGUCCAGGAGACGUGUUGGAGACCAUCAACUUCCUGGAGAACGCUGAGGACAGCGACGAGGACGAUGACGGCGAGCUGCUGGACGACUUGGGCGAGGAGAAGCUGGGCCGAGGGCGGAAGACCACGGUGGCCAACGAGGGCCUGGCGUCGGAGGACGACGCCGACACGGAGGAGGCGCUGAAGGAGUUUGACUUCCUGGUGACGGCGGAGGACGGGGAGGGGGCGGGCGAGGCCCGCAGCUCUGGAGACGGGACAGAGUGGGUUGAGCCGCUGCCGUUCCCCGGCGGCGCGGGCAAGUCCUUCCUGAUGGGCGGGGCCGACCACGUCCUGGAAAGCGUGCUGGGCUUGGGCGACCUCGCCGACCUCACCGUGGCCAACGACGACGUGGACUUCAGCUACGACCUGCCGUCCGGUCAGGAGUCGGCCUUCAGGAAGACCUGGACCCCAAAGUACACGCUGCGAAGUCACUUCGACGGCGUCCGAGCGCUUGCCUUCCAUCCCGUGGAGCCGUGCCUGGUCACCGUGUCCGAGGAUCACACACUCAAACUGUGGAACCUCACCAAGACCGUCGCCGCCAAAAAAAGUGCCUCCCUGGAUGUGGAGCCCGUCUACACGUUCAGAGCUCACGUGGGUCCCGUGCUGUCCCUGGCCAUGACGUCCAGCGGCGAGCAGUGUUUCAGCGGCGGCCUGGACGCCACCAUCCAGCGCUGGAACGUUCCCGGCUCCAAUGUGGACCCCUACGACACUUACGAUGCCGGUGCGCUGGCGGACUCGUGGGCGGGACAUGCGGACGCCGUGUGGGGGUUGGCCUACAGCGGCAUCAAGAAUCGCCUCCUGUCCUGUUCGGCCGACGGAACUGUCAAAUUGUGGAACCCUCAGGAGAAGAACCCCUGCAUCAGCACUUUCAACGCCAGCAGAGAACACGGUAUCCCGACAUCUGUGGACUUCAACGGCUGUGACCCUGCCCACAUGGUGGCGUCCUUUGAUGGCGGCGAUGUGGUUGUGUACGACCUGGAGACUUCCCAGCAUGCACUGGUGCUGAAGGGGCAGGGCGAAGGAACCCGGCCCGGCUGCCAUCAUAUCUACAAGGUGGUGAGCCAUCCCACGCUGCCUGUCACCAUCACGGCCCACGAAGACCGCCACAUCAAGUUCUUUGACAACAAGUCAGGUAAAGUCAUCCACGCCAUGGUGGCUCACCUGGAUGCCGUCACCAGCCUGGCUGUGGACCCAAACGGGAUCUACCUGAUGUCAGGAAGUCACGACUGCUCGCUGCGUCUAUGGAACUUGGACUCCAAGACCUGCGCGCAGGAGAUCACGGCGCACCGCAAGAAGAGUGAGGAGGCCAUCUACGACGUCGCCUUCCACCCCUCCAAGGCGUACAUCGCCUCAGCCGGCGCCGACGCCCUCGCCAGGGUCUACGUGUAAGAGCGCCGGACGCGGACUCUGGAAACAGCUGACCCGCUCGACACUAAGCCCCUCCCCCCCACCAAUUAGCUGUUUGUCUUCGGAACGUCCCAACUCGGGGACUUCCUCGGCGGCGUGUGUCAAACUGAGCUCGCCACGGACGCAAACAAAAGAUGGCGGCCAACCAAAGGGACUUGGGACUGUGUCAUGUGAUCGCCUCAGCGAAGCAUCGCGGACCUGCCCAUCGCUUCCUGUUCACGAGAACUGGUGAAAGAAGGACAAAAGGGGGAGGAGCCUCACCUGCCAGUGAAUCUUUUUAUUUAUUGUUUUUACAACGAAGGCUGCGGCCUGACAAGCUCCGCCCCCUGGGGGAGGAGCCACGCUGCUUUUUUAAUGUCCUUAUAAGGAAGUUUCCUUUCACCUUGAGUUUUUAACUGAAGCAGCUGACGUUUACGACGUAACGUGUUACUACUACUUCCUGUCGGUGUCCUGCAUGAUUACCACAAUAAAAGUAUUUUUUCUAGUCUUCCAA